AAGUUUUCGGUACCCCACCACCGUUGAUUAUGUUUCCCCUCUGUCAGGCCUGACUCCAGACAGACUGGGUCCUCCAUCUCAUGAUGCCAGCCCAGUGAGCCCUGAACCAACUACUCCAGGAGCACAGUCUCCAUCCCACCUACACUACCACAGCAAGGCCCAGCACAGACGCUUCUCCAUGGAGGACGUUAGUAAGCGCAUGUCCCUGCCAAUGGACAUCCACCUGCCUCCAGAGUUUCUGAAGAAGUUGCAGAUGGAGAAUGAAAACUCACCGCUCUGCAAACCUCUCAGUCGCAUGUCUCGACGCGCCUCACUGUCUGACAUAGGAUUUGGGAAACUGGAAACAUAUGUUAAGCUUGGCAAACUGGGUGAGGGGACAUAUGCUACAGUCUUUAAAGGGCGGAGCAAACUCACUGAGAACCUGGUUGCACUGAAGGAGAUCCGGCUGGAGCACGAUGAGGGGGCACCUUGCACUGCUAUCAGAGAAGUGUCUCUGCUAAAGAACCUGAAGCACGCUAAUAUUGUCACCCUGCAUGACAUCAUCCACACCGACCGCUGCCUUACUCUGGUGUUUGAGUAUCUUGACAGUGAUCUUAAACAGUACUUGGACAACUGUGGGAACCUCAUGAGCAUGCAUAAUGUCAAGAUCUUCAUGUUCCAGCUGCUGCGUGGUCUGUCCUAUUGUCACAAGAGGAAAAUCCUCCACAGAGACCUAAAGCCUCAGAACCUGCUCAUCAAUGAUAAGGGCGAACUGAAGUUAGCUGAUUUUGGUCUGGCCAGGGCCAAGUCCGUCCCCACUAAGACCUAUUCCAAUGAGGUGGUAACGCUUUGGUAUCGACCUCCUGACGUGCUGCUAGGCUCUACAGAAUAUUCCACACCCAUCGACAUGUGGGGCGUAGGCUGCAUCCUGUAUGAGAUGGCAACAGGUCGUCCCAUGUUUCCUGGUGCCACUGUGAAGGAAGAACUACAUCUAAUUUUUAGGCUCAUGGGCACUCCGACAGAGGAGACCUGGCCUGGUAUCAGCAGUAAUGAGGAAUUUAUGUCCUACCUCUUUCCUCAGUACAGACCUCAAGCUCUCAUCAACCAUGUGCCCCGGUUGGACACAGAAGGGAUUGACCUGCUGUCUGCUCUGCUGCUGUAUGACACCCGGAGCAGACUCUCCUCUGAAACGGCUCUACGUCACCCCUACUUCCUGAGUCUGGGAGACAACAUUCAUAACUUGGCAGACACUGCUUCAGUGUUUUCUCUCAGAGAGGUGCAGCUCCAGAAGGACCCAGGACACCGCAGCUCAGUAUUCCAGCCUUUAGGUCGAGGAAAGAACCGAAGACAAAGCAUCUUCUAGAGGUCGUGGAGAGGAUGAAGAGAGAUGCACGCAAAGCAGAAGACGGCGAGGAACUGCCUUUUCAGAUCACAACACCAAGGCCAUCGCAGCUCAGCACAUUCACAGCAUGUUCACCUGCACGGACAAACACGCAGUCAUUUCCAUGGCAGCUGACUGUGGAGGCACACAGAGUUUCUGGAGACAAACUUGUAUUGCACUUGAAAUACCUUCUGUAUUCAUACAUAUUUGCACACAUUUGCACAAUCAGCUACACCGAACAUGCUGCCGUGAUGUAACUGGACACACCAGAGAUUCAUCCUCCUGACACACACAUGCAUUUCAGCCUAAGAAGAAACGGAGAACUAAAUGAAACGCUCUGCUAUGCUAUACUGCACACCUUUACACAGGCCUGCUUUACAUAGUGUUCAGAGCACACCCAGGGUUCUAGCCAUUCAAAGUAGCUGCUAUCACAACUGGAACAAUGGAUACAGUUGCAGGUAUGCAUGUCUUUGCCCAAACAGAAAUGCAAGUAUUGCAUUAUGUGUUGAGUUUGUUCCAAGUCAGUUGGUUUCUAAAUUAUUUUCUGGUUUUAUCUUACAAAACAUAUGGUCUAACACUGAUAUGUAGCUUAAAGACACAGUUUGGCAACCAAGGACCCUUAUGAAUCCUAAUUCUUCUCUCAGCUCAACAGUGAUUCACAGGGAUUUGUAGUUUGAGGACAGGGUUAAAACUUAUACACCACCACUACCCACAGAAAAGGCUGACCAGAAACCAAAGAGAAUAGUCACAUUUUUUUCUGUUACUUGGAUUAUCUGAUUUUGUGAUGUAAUUUGUUUAAACAUUGUGUAAAUAUAUAGUUAAUAUUUAAUUGUCAUAGAAGAAGUUCAUAUCAUGUUUUUUAAGCCCCUUUGCUUUGCUAACCUCAAAUUUUAAAAAACUGUAACGUUAGAUAUAACUCUGGGUGCUGCUAGGCACUUGCUCAAUAACGGACCUGUAUGCAUUUGCAAAGUGUUGGUGAACUGAUGAAGCAAAAACAUUAUGCGGCUCACAGAAAAACACUCAGUAACGCUUCAUGGUCAUUCAUUACUUUGCAUAAUGUGACGAGCUAUGCAUAAUGUGCAUUAGCUAGUGAUGGUUAGCUAUCCCAGCUAGCUAAAAAUUUAUUCCAAAUCCCACUGACAUUUGUAAUUAUGCUAAUAGCUAAAAGUUUAGUCUGGAAGGCCAUCUUUCAAAAUAGCACGUUUUAGGCACACAGAUAUUAAAUGAGAGAAUUAAAGACUGAUAUAAUAUUAUUGCUCAAUACUCUAUACUCAGUCUGUUUAACACAUACUUGAUCGUUAUGGGCAAAACUGAGCCCUCAGUGAACGGUGCAGGGUUGCAUGGCAGUUUUAGCAUGUAGUGGUCAAACCAUGUUCAGUUUUUGUGUUCACUGUGUGUUACAGAAGGCGUUGAUGCUCUCUUGGCUUUGUAAUGAAUAUAUACUUGUAGGUGCUGCUUUCAGUCUUGUGAGCUGCAUCUUUGCAUUCUCGCUUAUCUGACCAAGGAUUCAGCACGGCACUAAUCUGAAAUGCAGUCACAGUUUACUUACACAGUAAAUGGGUUUAAAUGGUGUGAGUUGCAUUUGACAGUUGAUUUUUACUGCUCAAGUUUAUGAAAAGCAACUGUAGAAUUGGAAAGUUAACUUUAAGCGUUAUAAUAUUAGGGUUGCUAACAACAACAUAAGAUAUUUUGUUAUUAAAAUAUUCUUAUAGGGAAACCCACAGAUUAAAUAUAACUCUGAAUCCCACAUCACAUUAUCCUAUCCAAAAUCAUGUUAAAAUUCACUCAUGGUCAUUUUUAAUUGAGUAUGAGCCUCUGUCCCAUAGUUACAACUGGAGGUUCAGCUCUUCAUGAACAAUAUGGCAGGUGUGUUGACACAAUGGUCCAAUGAACAGAAGUAAGCAUUGCGGCAUCUACAUGUAUAUACCUUAGCUGUUGUUAUUGAACAGAAUGGAAUCGGAUGUAUUGUGAUAUUACCGCCGACUUUCUUAGGCCCCAGUGUGGCAGCUAUGGUUUACUUGUAUCACAUAACGGUCUUGAAGUUGUAGGCAUAGCGUUACACUGCUCAUUUGCAGUACCUCUGCCGUCAUGUAACAACCACUGAAGCUACGAUAAAAUCUGACUCCGUUGUGAACAUAAACCUGGAAAGUGGAUAGACUCGCCUCGCUACAGUGCCCGUGUCUUCUCGUUGUGGGGGUAACAUUCCUUACAGUGUUAACAGCUGACUUUCACACCAGUUUUUUGAAGUUGCCUUAGUAAACUGUGCAUGAUAUUUUAGCUUGUGAAGAAAUUAUAUUUGCUUCAGUGUAUCCAAUGUGCUAGGAGACAUUUAUUUUGUGUAUGUAAAUAACUCACUAUGGGUGUAUGUAUUUUUGUAGUUUCCUAUUUGCACCAGCCGGAAGUGUCCUCUGAAGCCUGUUCCCCUCCCUUUGUGUCUUUCCUUACAUGGUUCCAAAGUAUGACCCCAUAUUUUACCAAACUCCUCAUUCCUAAACCAGUGAAUGGAGAAAAUAUGCCCUGUAGGUACUUUCUAGUAGCAGUUUAGUAGGAGACACCACUACCCUUCAUAAUUUGCACAGCCUGUUGUUAGAGAGCAGCUUUUCACAGUAGAUUCACUAAAGAAAAGUGCAUACAGUGACAAGUACACUCUUCUGUGAAUAGACAGGUGAGAAUUUCACAACUGUGUUUUUAAUAGUUCCCAUGUGAUCAUUUGAGCCAA